CGGAUCUUGUUAGAGGUGUCUAUGCAUCUAACAGAGAGCCUCACGAACAUGAUUCUUGUACCAAAUAAUGACAGUCUUCGACCCUACCAUACAUCCCCCAAAUAGCGGCCACGAGGCUCAAACCCCCCCAUUUCCCUCCAUCUAUCUAUAAAAAGACAGACCGACCCACUCCCAGAUCCCAGACCCAGAUGCAAAUCGUAUGAUUCCCCCACCGUACGCGCCUUAAGGCCAGAAUAUCGCGGCCGCGGUUCCCCAAACACACCAAGGAUCUUGGAGUUUUGACGCGGGAGGUCCUUCGAUUGGCCUGCUCGUCCGCGGACACGGCUUGGGGAUUUGGCUGGGCUGCUUCUAGCGAAUCAAUACCCUGUAAGCUCACCAGCACUUCUAGACGGUCAGGGAUAGGGAUUGGUUCGCUAGAAUAUCCAAGAUGCAGAUCAUUCUUUAUUUUGGUAUUUUUAUCUGUAAGCCCAGACUGGUGUCAGCGGGAGGUCAGCCACCCGCCUGUUGAUGGGAUGGAUGGAUGGAUGGGGUGUACUGUAUGUACUUUGCGCUGCUGUGCAGCCUCGAAAGAAGACAACCUCGAGAAACGUGCCGGAACAUGUAGUGUUGGGAUCGGCCGACAAUUCGCAGACGUCCACUGGGACGUAACAAUCUACAACGUUCCUCAACCCAAACCUCAAGAUGUCAACAUCAUAGCGACUCUCAGGAACGCUAAAAUGGACAAAGGCGAGUCGCUGUCGGUUUCCUGGGCAUCAAAUACAAAGUCAAUCAACAUCACGAACAUCGAUAAUGCGCCGGUGUUUACAUACAAUGAACCGAAUCUGAAAGGGUCGUUUGUGGAUUAUGAGCCGGGAAAGACGAAGGUGGAGUUGCAGUUUCAGGUGGGGACGACGAAAUGGUCGACGGAUGAUUGUGAGGCUUCGAGUGUGGUGUUUUCGGCAGGGAGAGAGGGGUGGGCGUGUAACUUUCCAUGUCCGUAG